AUGGCCGCGCCCGCCCGCCGUCUGUGCCACAUCGCUUUCCAUGUGCCCGCGGGGCAGCCCCUCGCCCGGGACCUGCAGCGCCUCUUCGGCUUCCAGCCUCUGGCGGCGCGGAAGGCCGGCGGCUGGCGGCAGCUGGCCCUGCGCAGUGGCGACGCAGUCUUUUUGGUGAACCAGGGCGCGGGUCCCGGGGAGCCGCUGUACGGCCUGGACCCGCGCCACGCCGUGCCCAGCGCCCCGAACUUGUGCUUCGACGUGGCGGAUGCAGAAGCCGCAGCCCGGGCGUUGGCCACGCGUGGCUGCCGCGUGCCGGUGCCACCUGUUAGCGUGAGGGAUGCGCAGGGCUCCGCCACCUACGCUGUAGUCAGCUCGCCCGCCGGCAGUCUCAGCCUAACGUUGCUGGAGCGCACCGGCUACCACGGGCCCUUCCUUCCUGGCUUCGGGCCGGUGCCCGCCGCUCCUGGCCCCAGCUGGGUCAGCCACGUGGACCAUCUGACCUUGGCCUGCAACCUCGGCAGUUCCCCCACACUCGCGCGCUGGUUUCACGACUGUCUGGGCUUCUGCCCCCUGCCGCUGAGCCCAGGUGAGGAUCCAGAGCUGGGCCUCGAAGUGGCAGCAGGGCCCGGGCGUGGAGGACUGCGGCUAACCGCCCUGCAGGGUCCGCCAGGCAGCGUUGUCCCCACCCUCGUGCUGGCCGAGUCCCUGCCGAGUGCUGCCAAAGAACAGGACCAGGUGGAGCAGUUCCUGGCCCGGCACAGGGGACCGGGUCUGCAGCAUGUGGGGCUGUAUACGCAGAACAUCAUAGAGGCCACUGAGGGGGUGGCAGUAGCCGGUGGCCAGCUCCUGACUCCACCUGAGGCAUACUACCAGCAGCCAGGAAAAGAGGACCAGAUCCUAGCUGCAGGGCAUGAACCUAGACUUCUGGCCCAACAGGGUAUCCUGCUAGAUGGCGAUAACGACAAGUUUCUGCUUCAGGUCUUCACCAAGUCCCUUUUUGCAGAGGACACCUUCUUUCUGGAGCUGAUUCAGAGGCAGGGGGCUACAGGAUUUGGCCAGGGCAACAUCAGGGCCCUGUGGCAGUCUGUGCAGGAGGAAGCUGCCAGGAGCCAGGAAGUCUGA